UGAUAUGUUUAGUAGUUUCCUUGUCUUUGAUUGCGUUGUUUCAUACAAGCUCUGGCGCUGUUGGAUUUUCUGGAUCUUUCAUUCUGGAUGUGUUUUCUGUGGCUCUAUUUCUCUUAAUUUUUUCUUUUUUCUGGAUAAACCAUGGAAGCUUCAACUUUUUAUGUGUUUUGUUUUAAUUUUGACAAUCGGAAAUGUGGUAUUUGGCUGUUUGUAUGAUAAUUCUAUUAUAUCAGAACACAAUUUGAAAUGAAGUGAAGGCUUAAUUCUUCUGGGCUGUGCCUCGUAGUGGUUUUAUCAGAAAUUCUUUAAAAUGUUGGGCCUCGAGGUUGUUUCAUAUCUCUACUAUUAGAGUUUUCCCAUUUUAUGCCUGGGAAAAGUAGGGUUGGAUCCACGCGGCUCUAGUUGAUGAAUUUUCAUCAUUAGGAGCUGUAUCAGGCAAUCAAUCACUUUCAUCAGCCUUUUUCCGGCGGAAAAUAGUCCGAACAACACACAUUAACACAGUGGAGUUACUUCGGGCUUUGAUGGUUUGAUUUGGUUAUCGAACAAGAUGUGUUCUUAUAUGUCUAGCAUUAGACUACCAACUAGGACGUAAAUUCUGUGUCUUUUUCGUGUGAGUACAUUUUGAACUGGCAGUCUGUGGGAGGCCUCCUCCCGUUUCCUAUCUCCAUCUUUAUUAUAUGCGGCAUUUAGGACUCUAUCUAUCUCGAGCUCAGCAAAUUCCGGUCCGUUUGGGCUAUUUCAGGGAAGCUAGAAUAGGGUUUGGUAUUACAGAGUGAUCAUUUGCAAUUCUGUUUAUUUUCACUUCUGGAUGGAGUCUAAAGCAUUGAUCAGGGGGGAGAAAGGGAGAAGUGGUGUCUGCAUUCGACUGGUGAUUCUGAGGAAUACUGAUCUUGUUUCUGGAGUUCAUAUCUGAUAAAUGAUAAUGUGUCUGCUUGCAUAUCAGGAAUUUUAGUGGACAGAAAAUAACUGGAGUUGCUUGAUCGAUCCAUGGCCUAUGAACAGUGCUUUGCGCAAGGAUGGAAACACGUCUCUGGUACAGGGGGAACAGAUCGAGAAACCAACAAGGGUUGCUUUGAUUGUAACAUCUGCUUAGACUUUGCCCAUGAGCCAGUGGUUACUCUCUGCGGUCACUUAUACUGCUGGCCUUGCAUCUAUAAGUGGCUUCAUGUCAAGAGCGUCUCUCUUGCCAUUGAUGAGCAGCCGCAAUGCCCAGUUUGCAAGGCUGAUAUUUCCCACACCACAAUGGUUCCUCUCUAUGGUCGUGGCCAAAUGGCCGAGGAAGUCGGGCCUGAAGCCAAAGCUAUGCACCAAGAUAACGUUGAUAUACCUCCUAGACCUUCAGCCUGUGGUAACCAGAUACUUGCUACCCUCAGCACACACCAGCAGCAGCUUCGAUAUCGAAAUCCUUACCAGCGACCAAAUCAUGACCCCCUUCUUUUUGGCAAUUAUGAAGAAGAUUCGCCAGCUCCUUCGCUAAACCUCGGUAGAACAUCGUUCAGUGGUUUUCACCAUCCGGUGGUAGGAAUGAUUGGCGAUUUCAUGUAUGCAAGGGUCUUUGGGAACUCAGACAAUUUAUACUCUUACCAAAACUCUUAUCAUCUAACAGGGAGCCGUAGGAACCGGUUGAGAAGACAGGAAAUGCAGGCAGAGAAGUCAUUGAACAGAAUCUCCAUUUUCCUCUUCUGCUGUGUAAUUCUGUGCGUUCUUGUCUUCUAAAGAGAUUCUGUUCCUGGAAACUCCCCCAUUUGCAAGACAAGAAAAAAAGGAAGAAGAAGAAGAAAGAUACUAAUAAAGUACAUCAUUGUCUUUGUAUUCUGUGUAAAGGUUUUUUGAGGUAAGCUCAUGGACAACUAUAUGUUUAUAUACAAUUUCCCCCCUACUUCUGGGUUAUAUAAGUACUUUACAUACAUAAUCAUAUAUGUACAUGUUCAUUAUAUAAAAUAUAUAGCAUUAAAGAUUGAACUAA